GCCACACCCACUCCUCUAUGCAAAAUUGCAAUGGAUGACUAUAUCAGCUACAAUAACUUUUACCAACAGUCUAUACCCAGUUCCGAGAUGUACCCGACGCCCCCUAUUGGCAUAGAGGACCCGAUGGGCAUUCAACAGAAAGCGAACGAACCGCCUCCGCCACCGCCAAUUGUGAUUUGCCCGACGGAAGUAGAUCACAUCAAUGUUACAUUGGAGAAGAAUCAACAAUGCGAGUGCAAGGAUUGCGGAAAACUAUUCAAUUCGGUUUGGUACCUAAAGCAGCAUGCAGUGAAACAUUCUAAUGACAGACCAUUCAAGUGUAAAUUUUGUUUCAAAACUUACAAAUUUCGAUCAAAUCUCUAUCAACACAAAUGUCCCGAGCGUCAGAAGUCGCAACUUCGACGACGUGGAGGCAACGUGAUAAGCUCAUCGAAGAGAAGCGACACUCAGAUCAUUAAAACCAGCAAGAUUGAGACGACAAUCAUGCAAGAAGAGCCUCAGAUCAACUACAAUAUGCCACUCCAGAACUGUUUCUCUGAGACGGAAGAUAAUGAUGCUCCAAUAACUUAUGGAAUUGUUAUUCAGAACAUUGACCAAACACAGAUGCAACAACAGAUGCAGCCGCCACAGCCGAGCCAGGCAGUUCCACAGCACCAACAACAGCUUCAGAACCAGGAUAUGCAGCAGGUCCAGCCACAACAGCAGGCACCUUCAUCAAUGCAGAAUUUUCAAAAUUUUCAAAUGCAACUUCCACCAGUUGUCGAUCCAUUGAUGAACGACAUGGAGAAUACGUUCGACAAGCAAGCAGAUUUCGAUAGUGUACGUGGUCAACAGCUACCAUCGCAACAAAUUGAAGACUACGUUGAAAAAAAUAAACAGAAGCUCUUCUCUUGCCGUAAAUGUCGUGUAUUUCUACCAACCGAGGAGGCUUACAUGAGACACGCCGCCUCGCACAACGGAGAAGAUCUAUUUCCAUACAAAUGCUCCAAUUGCCGUCAAGCAUUCGAUAAUAAGAAGGAGCUGAUGAGACAUACACAGACUCAUACAAUGGAUGGUGGUAUCUUCCGAUGUUUCGAGUGCUGCGGGCAGUUUAAGAGCCAAAUAGCUCUGCGCCGUCACAAGGAUCAAUGCCGCCCGUGUUUUGUACCACCCACUCAGAACAACAUUAUGGUGUCUGUACACUCGCCGUUCGAUCCGUUCUCGUUUAUUCCUGACGACAAUCUGUUUCUCCCCGUGUGUGACGAGUUGGCCAGAGCUGGAACUGACAGUGGAGUCGGAAGUGAAGGAUCGCCAAAUAGCAUGUCACAAGCUUCACCAGAAAGAAAUGCAAUGGACGAGUCGUUCAGUUUCUUGAAUGGAAAGAAAAAAGACAAAGAAGAUGAUGAAGAUUCUGGAUUCCGAUCACGUCUGAACUCAGUUACUCAUUCCUGCUCUCCAGAUUCAUUUUCUGAUUCUCAUUGUGACUCCCCACCAAGAAAACUUUCCGGUGGAGGCGGACUUGGAUCAUCAUCGUUUCUCGGGGGAUACGGAACUGGUCCGGCUUAUGGCCAACAGAUGAUCUACGACAAAAGCUUGGAUGACAUUGAAUGUGAUAGUUAUGGAAUGUUCAAUGAUGCCCCAGCUAUGUACAAGCAGCAAAUAAUUUCACUCCAAAACAAAGAGUUCCGAGGACAUGGGAUUACGAUAGCUCCAUUGGUUCAGUAUCACAUGCAGCCAAUGUCAAUGAAAGAUUUUUCAAGUCAAACCUCUUCGUCUCAAAUAGUAGUUUCAUCAUCAGAGUGUUUUGACAAUGACAAUCGCUCAUGGAAGAAUUAUGGCUAUGACAUGCCACCAAUAAAAACUUCUGAAGUGAAAGAGCUGGCUGCCGUUUUGAUGACGAUCUACCUAUGUCAUGCUGCAGAUCAAGUUGCUGACCUGCUCUCAACAAUGGCAGCUCUCUCCAUUCAGUAAUCACUGAAUCACGUUGUCCACAUUUUUUGGACUCCCAUCAAUUACUCCCAUAAUAAUUUAUCGUCAACAAUGCAAAAAUAGCACCAUCCUACAAAUACACAGAAGUUUAUUCAAUUCCCCAUCCAAGUUGAUCUUGGCACAAAUAUCCCACUACCUUUUCAAAAGUCUUUCACAAAUACCGGCCGUUGAGAAAUCAAAACGGAACCUGGUCGUAGUUCAUCUAGCGAUUGCUUUCAUUGUAUUUUCUUAACGUCUUCAACCUCCGAGUCCCGAAUAGUUAUUGUUUGUCUCAUUAUCCCAAAUGUCUUUCACAAAAAUCAUGCAUCCUAGUGAUCUUUGAAUAUGUUUCCUUCCUAAAAGCCACACAAGUUCUUUCACGUUACUACCCCCGUUAAUCUCAAACAAUGCUAGUUCAGUCUUCUUGGGCUAGCAAUACCAUUGUCUUUCAGUCUUACAUUGUGAAUUUUUUAUAUUUUUUGCCAAAUAUCACAAAUUAUUUAGCAAGAAAUCAAUCUCAUCUAUAAUUCUAUUGUGAUUACAAAUCGCUCCCCGUCCAUUUUCUCGAACCCAAACCCGAAUUCAAAAUCCCGCUUGAGAACUAUCGUGAUUCUUUUCAUUUUGUCAUUUUGUUAUUUUUCCAUUCGGUGACUUUAAUGUUGGUUUUCAAGACAACUUCAUCUGAACAUGUGUUCCACGAAAAAGUUUUCUUGAAAAUCGUUAAUAAUCGUAAUUCUCCACAUACGCCAACAUAUUGAUCUCAAAUGGGCAAACCCCCAUUUAAGCAAACCAAAUAAUCUUUAAACAUUUCUUGCUACUUCUUUCCUCGAAUCCUUCUCUCCUCACCAAAGCUUUCUUAAACCAUUUAUGAUCUAUUCCAGAUGCCUAUCAGCAGUUACAUUUUGAUAUUAAGUCUCAAUAUCCUUUUCAUUUAAUUUAAUACUUAAUUUUGACACAAACGAUGUCCCCCUCAGCCUCCUUUUCCUCGUAUUGUAUUAUGCUCCGGUACUUCAUGACCUACGUCUCCCACUGCAUGACCCUUCAUUAUUACAGUACCACUGUCUUUUUUACUCCAAAAUCUCUCGUGUUUACUCCUUAGUCGGCGUCUUUCAUUAUCGUGUACCUAAUCUCAUUCUCUCUCUCCCUCUCUCUCUCUCCCAAUUUUUCGCUCUGAUCAUUAUUUAUAUUAUAUUUUAUUUGUAAGUAUAUCACCAAUCAAUCUCCAUCAGUUUUAUUUGUACUCUCCACUAUAUUUUAUUAUAAUUUUAAUCUCGCCCAAUUGUCUUUCGGUUUUCCUAGGGAAAACACGAUGCUAAUUUGCACGUUCUGUUUCUCUCUAAACACAGUCACAAAUUUCUGCCUGCAAAAUGUAUUUUUCCAUGUAAAGUACUCUUUCCGUCAAAAGUUGUAUUUUUGAAAAUAAUAUAGAUAUGCCAGAAAACUUUUGAACAACUCUGUCCAUCUCAAUUGUUUAAUGUUUCCAUUUCAUUCUAUUCGUUUGUUUUCUUUUUCUUUGCCAUCUGAAAAUACAAUGCACAGAUUUGUUAAAUAAAUAUUUAUGGGAAAAA